AUGAAAAGUAUAACGGAUUUCUUGAUCGGUCUGAUGAAUUUCACAUUGGGAGUCACAUGGGAAUCUUCUCGCCAGUAUCGCCUUCAAGAUGAACUUCGUCCAGAGAGUCGUAUCCUGGUUCUGGAAGUGCCUUUUCCAAAUGAUGAGGUCUGCUUCUUGCAAAUCAUCACCAUCCCUCCAGACGUGCCGAUGAAAGGAAUCCAGAAGGCCUUUUUAAUCUGUCAUAGUCCUUCAGCCUUGUGGGUAGCUCUUCCUGCUGAUGAGAAGAGUGUAGUGCCUGAAACCGUCUUGAAGAUGAUGAAUCAGCAUAGAAGAACGGUGCCCAUUCAAAUGAUGAUCACACGUGUUACUGGCUCCUUUGAAUGCAAGGACUUGGACUUUCAGUAUCAUAGUUUGCAUGUAUUCAAUUCUUCUAUGCUUCCCAACACAAUCAUGUUUUAUGAUCCAUCCCAUAGAACACAACAUAAGUCCAGGAGAGAGCUAUGGAAAGAAAAUGAAUCGAGUUACAAAACCCUUUUAUCCACUCUUCUAAUGAAAAAUGACAUUACUUCAUGAAUGCAAACAUUCAGGAAAAUAUUUUCCCUCAAACAUAUAGCAAAAAUAAGUUUUCACAUGUAAUGCAAUAAGCCACGAGCCAGUGAUGUCUCAUUUCGGCUGUUCCAUAACGUUUCAUGUUCCUCAAAUAAGCUGC